AUGAGCCUCACAGACGAAACUUCACCUGUCGAACAGCUCUUCCUCGACCGCUCGAUCCACGACGUUCUGACAAGAAAAUGGCCCGCAGUUGAGCCAUGGGCUACUAUGUAUGUCGAUGCCAUUCGAGAGCAAAGAUAUGGUGAUGCUGUGUGGGCACGGUAUCACAUAGAAGGAAACGUUGAGAAUGGUGUUAUUAUCAGUCCAUCGCCCAGCGACAAUAUGCCAGUUUUGGACAGUAUCACAGAGGAUGCCGAAGAAGCAAAGAUGAACGAGCCCGAGUCCUAUGCAAAGGCUCUGCAAUUUACGCCAAAACUAGUCCCUUGGAUAGGCACCCUGAGGUUAUUAAGAUUAUGUUUGAGGUGGAUGAGACGUAACCUUGUGGUGAGGAGUACGCAGAGGGGUGAAGAACAUGAAUGGAAUAUGUAUAGAAGGAUUCUGCCGCUCGAGAUUAUUUAG